UCCUACAGACGAGCCGUUCCUCUCUACACUAAAGGCUGAGCUCUGUACAUUUGAAGAAUCAAAUCAAGCAGCCGCCAUGGGAGUCUUCACUUUUGUCUGCAGAAACAACGGCGGCGAGUGGUCCGGGAAGCAGGUUUCCGGUGACUUAGAGGCCUCGGCUGGGUCCACUUAUGAGUUGCAGAGAAAGUUGGUCCAAACUUCUCUCGCUGCUGAUUCAUCCGGUGGAGUUCAGUCCUCUUUCUCUUUCGUCACUCCCACUUCUGCCGUUUUCCAGGUAGUUGUUGGUGCUGUUGGUGGUGGAGCUUUCAUUGGAGGUGGUGGAGCUGCUGCCGCAGCCCCUGCAGGCAGUGCUGCUGCUGAGGCUCCUCCUGCUGAGGAGAAGAAGGAAGAGAAGGAGGAGAGCGAUGAUGACAUGGGAUUCUCACUCUUUGAUUAGAAUUCAGUGGUUAUUUAAUCACCAAUUUUCUCUUAAGGUUUUGUAUUUUGUUGGGCACUUAGAUUAUUGUGGAGUUUUGAGUUAAAGAGAUCAAUACUCUAGAAAUCUUUAUUUGACUUUUGUGUGGUGGUUUUUGUUGAGCAUCUGUAUGAAUUAAAAAUAUGAUUAGUUGGCUGCCCUUACUGUGUU